AUGUCUGCUAAUCUUGAAAUCUUUUUCCAGGACCUCCAAAAAAGAGGACUAAUUGCUAAUGUUGCUAACUUAGAAAAUUUUUGUCACUUAAAACCAGCGGAAAAAGUAAUUUAUUUAGGAAUAGAUUGCACGGGUGAAAGAUUACAUAUCGGACAUUUAUUUUUAUAUUUUCAAACGGUACGUUUUGCUAAGGAAGGAUUUAGGGUGUUGCUAGUUUUAGGAGGAGCCACCAGCAAAAUUGGUGACCCGAGCGAUAAAGAUAAGGAACGACCUCUAUUAGAAGAAAAGCAAAUUGAAAAUUACCAGGAAAAAAUAAAAUCUCAGUUAGAAAGAAUCUUAAUUAAACCUAAAAAAAUAGAAAAAGUAGACUUCUUGCCCUUAACCCAAUUUUACCAAGAUAACCCAGAAUUAUUAAGUAAUAUUUAUCGAAUACUGAAAAUAAACAAUGAAGAUAAAAAAGAAAAACAAUGA